GGUCCCGGAGCGGACACGCAACUUUUGGGGAUCGCGGGAGAGUUUGGCGGCGGCUGCGCGCACUCGUCUGGUGAAAGUAUGGAGACAUCGCAGAAGAUCUGAACGGUGCCAGGAAGAGGAGGACGCGGAGAAGCGCAGCCUGUGUCCCAGCCUGCCUCCUCACAGCCCGCCUCUCUGCGGGACUUCGUCCCGGAAUCCUCCCGGAUCGCGGCGGGUCUGCCGGACCAGCGGGGAGUUCGGGUGGAAGGUCUGGCGCUCCAGCCCGGGCGGCUCCGGGCGGACUCUCCGCUACAUGGAUCCUCUGCGCUUCUGGACACUGAAACUGGCUUUUGUCAGUCAGUAGGGUCUGUCCUCGUCUCCCGCGGACACGGAAUAGACUAGACCGUCACCGGGGACACUUCUCCCUGCCCGGAGUUGGAGGAUUUGCGCGCCUGACCCGCCGUGGAUGUUUAAUAUGCCAGUAUGGGUCCGCUAGCGCUCACCCUCCUCUGUGGAUUAUUGUGUUUUCAAGUUGAUGGAUCCCGUCUGCGCCAGGAGGACUCCCCGCCCCGGAUCGUGGAGCACCCCUCGGACCUGAUCGUCUCCAAAGGGGAGCCCGCCACCCUCAACUGCAAGGCGGAGGGGCGGCCCACGCCGACGGUGGAGUGGUACAAGGACGGCGAGCGGGUGGAGACGGACAAGGACGACACGCGCUCCCACCGCAUGCUGCUGCCCAGCGGCUCGCUCUUCUUCCUGCGCAUCGUCCACGGGCGGCGGAGCAAGCCGGACGAGGGCGCCUACGUCUGCGUGGCCCGGAACUACCUGGGAGAGGCCGUCAGCCGCAACGCGUCCUUGGAAGUAGCAUUGCUGCGAGACGACUUCAGACAGAACCCUAUGGAUGUGGUGGUAGCAGCGGGAGAGCCGGCCAUCCUGGAGUGUGUUCCUCCCAGAGGCCAUCCGGAACCCACCAUCUACUGGAAGAAGGACAAACUGCGGAUCGACGACAAGGAUGACAGGAUCACUAUUCGAGGAGGAAAGCUCAUGAUCUCCAACACCAGGAAGAGCGACGCCGGCAUGUACAUCUGCGUGGGCACCAACAUGGUGGGCGAGCGAGACAGCGAAACGGCGCAGGUCACUGUUUUCGAGCGACCAGCCUUCCUCCGGAGGCCCAUUAACCAGGUGGUCCUGGAAGAGGAGACGGUGGAGUUUCGCUGCCAGGUACAAGGAGACCCUCAACCCAAUGUACGCUGGAGGAAAGAUGACACUGAUGUCCCUCGUGGGAGGUAUGAGAUCAAGUACGACAAGGAGGACUACGUGCUGAGAGUGAAGAAGGCUUCCGUCAGCGACGAGGGGACGUUCACCUGUGUGGCAGAGAACCGCGUGGGCAAACUGGAGGCCUCGGCCACGCUCACUGUCAGAGCCCGCCCCGUUGCUGCGCCGCAGUUCGUCGUCCGCCCGAGGGACCAGAUCGUGUCUCAAGGCCGCACGGCCAGCUUCCCCUGUGAAACCAAAGGAAACCCUCAGCCGGCGGUCUUCUGGCAGAAGGAGGGCAGUCAGAACCUGCUCUUCCCGAACCAGCCCCAGCAGCCCAGCAGUCGCUUCUCGGUGUCGCCCGGCGGAGACCUGACCAUCUCGUCUGUGCAGCGGGCCGACGCCGGCUACUACAUCUGCCAGGCCCUGACCGUCGCCGGCAGCAUCCUCGCCAAGGCUCAACUGGAGGUCACAGAUGUGCUCACAGACAGGCCGCCGCCGAUCAUUCGCCAGGGCCCGUCCAAUCAGACGCUGGGGGUGGACAGCGUGGCUCUGCUGAAGUGCCAGGCGUCGGGAGACCCCAUCCCCUCCGUCAGCUGGCUGAAGGACGGGGUCAGCCUGCUGGGAAAGGACCCCCGCAUGUCCCUGCAGGAGCUGGGCAGCCUGCAGAUCAAGAGCAUCAAGCUUUCAGACUCUGGGAUCUACACCUGCGUGGCGACCAGCUCCAGCGGUGAGACGUCGUGGAGUGCUUUCCUGGAGGUCAAAGAAGCAGGCGGAGCGAUGGUGACGGCGAGCCACGACGACAAUGAGCUUCCGGGCCCGCCGUCCAAGCCCCAGGUCACCGACGUCACCAAGAGCAGCGUGUCGCUGUCCUGGCAGCCCGGGACGGUCGGGGCGUCCCCCGUCUCCUCCUUCGUCAUCGAGGCGUUCAGUCAGUCAGUGAGCAACAGCUGGCAGACGGUGGCCGACCACGUCAAGACCACCCAGUACACCGUCAAGGGUCUCCGCCCCAACACCAUCUACCUGUUCAUGGUGCGGGCGGUGAGCGGCCAGGGCCUGAGCGAUCCCAGCCCCAUGUCCGAGCCCGUCCGGACGCAAGACAUCAGCCCUCCUGCUCAGGGCGUCGACCACCGCCACGUCCAGAAGGAGCUCGGCGAGGUCAUCGUCCGCUUGCACAACCCGGUGGUCCUGAGUCCCACGGCCAUCCAGGUCACAUGGACUGUGGACCGUCAGUCCCAGUUCAUCCAGGGCUACAGGGUCCUGUACCGGCAGACGUCGGGGCUGUCGGCGCCCGGGCCGUGGCUCACCCAGGACGUGAAGGUGUCCUCCGAGCGCAGCGUCGUCCUCUCCGCUCUCAGGAAGGGAAUCGUGUACGAGAUCAAAGUGCGGCCGUACUUCAACGAGUUCCAGGGCAUGGACAGCGAGUCCCGCACGGCGCGGACCACCGAGGAAGCUCCCAGCGCCCCUCCUCAGCAGGUAACCGUCCUGACCGUGGGAAACCAGAACAGCACUUCUAUCAGCAUCUCCUGGGACCCUCCUCCACCAGACCACCAGAACGGCAUCAUCCAGGAAUACAAGAUCUGGUGUCUGGGGAACGAAACCCGUUUCCACGUAAACAAGACGGUGGAUGCAGCCAUCCGCUCGGUGGUGGUGGGCGGGCUGCAGGUGGGCGUGGUGUACCAUGUGGAAGUGGCUGCCAGCACCAGUGCAGGGGUCGGGGUGAAGAGCGAGCCUCAGCCCAUCAUCAUCGGGAAAGAGUUCCGGGACGUGAUCAUUCACGGGAACCGAAACAACAGCAUCACGGAGCAGAUCACCGACGUGGUGAAGCAGCCGGCGUUCAUCGCCGGCAUCGGCGGCGCCUGCUGGGUCAUCCUCAUGGGCUUCAGCAUCUGGCUCUACUGGAGGAGGAAGAAGAGGAAGGGCCUCAGCAACUACGCAGUUCAGUCCUUCACCUUCACCCCUGCAGUGACGUUCCAGAGGGUGGAUGGCGGUCUGAUGAGCAAUGGCAGCCGCCCCGGCCUGCUGAACGCCAGCGACCCCGGCUACCCCUGGUUAGCAGACUCCUGGCCGGCGACCAGCCUGCCCGUCAACAGCAGCUCCGGGGGACCCAACGACCUCGGCAACUUUGGGCGAGGAGAUCUUCCCACUGGACAGGGUGAUAAGACGGGCACCAUGCUGUCUGACGGAGCCAUCUACAGCAGUAUAGACUUCACCACCAAGGCCAACUACAACAGCCCAGGCCAGACAUCCCAGGCCACGCCGUACGCCACCACGCAGAUCCUCCACUCCAGCAGCAUCCACGAGCUGGCCGUGGAUCUGCCCGAGGCCCAGUGGAAGGCCUCGCUGCAGGCCAAGCAGGAGAUGGCCAGCCUGGGCUACUCCCUGCCCGACAAGAACUCCUGCAACAACACCCUCCUUUUCAUUCCCGACUACCGAUUGGCCGACGGAUUGUCUAGUAGAAUCCCACACAACCAAUCACAAGAUUUCAGCACCACCAGCUCUCACAACAGCUCAGAGCGAAGCGGCAGCCUCUCAGGUGGGAAGGGAGGAAAGAAGAAGAAAACAAAGGCGGGCUCCAAACCUACCAAGGCCAAUGGGUCCAACUGGGCCAACGUCCCCCUGCCCCCUCCCCCCGUGCACCCCCUCCCCGGAACCGAGAUGGACCAUUAUCCCAAUGAGCACCAUGAGGGAGGAGGGUACGAGAGCGACGGCUGGGGCCCGCCCAUGCCCGUGCAGACCUACCUGCACCAGGGCAUGGAGGACGAGCUGGAGGAGGAGGAGGAGGAGCGAGUUCCCACCCCGCCCAUCCGGGGGGUGGCCUCCUCCCCGGCCGCCGUGUCCUUUGGACAGCAGUCCACUGCCACCCUCACGCCGUCUCCUCGGGACGAGAUGCAGCCGAUGCUCCAGGCCCACCUGGACGAGCUGACCAGAGCGUACCAGCUGGACAUGGCGAAGCAGACAUGGCACAUGCAGGGCGGCUCGCUGCCCCCCCAGGCCCCGGCUCCUCCAGUGGGCUACGUGUCGAGCACAAUGGUUUCCGACCUGGAGACCGACCUGCCUGAUGACGACGAGGAGGAGGAGGACGAGGAGGAGGACGAGGGCUACGGAGCCAGGCACCCUCGCGGUAUCGAGCACACGCCGGGAUCCAGCAUGGACAACCUGGACAGCUCCUUGACAGGCUCCAUGGUGAACGGCUGGGGCUCGGCCUCGGAGGACGAGCGUCAUUUCUCCAGCCACAGGUCCAGCCUGGGCAGCUCGUCGGACGGCUCCAUCUUCACCCACUGCAGCUUCGCUCAGGCGCUGGUGGCGGCGGCGGACAAGGCCGGCUACCGCCUGGAGGGCACCAGCCUCAGCAAGAGAGGUAAAGGCCUGUCCCACCGGCCCCGGCCCAGCAGUCCGUUCUCCACAGACGGCAGCACAGUCGGCACGCACAGCCUGGGCCACCAGAGGGCCGCCAGGCCCGCGCGCAAACCCCGGAGCCAGGGCACAACCCCCCACCGGAGAGACGCUGGUGCAGACGACCUACCUCCCCCCCCGGAGCCGCCCCCCUCCCAGGGGCCGGGCCGGAUCCAGGGGGCCCGCAGCGUGAGCAGCAUGGUGCCCCAGGCCGAGAGGAAGGCCGCCUCUCUGGAGCGCCCCCCGAUGUCCGGGCCGCUGUGUGGGCCGGACGACGCCAAGAGCGGCGUGGACCGGCAGACGCGCACCCCCCUGGACCACCACCGCCAAGCUCAAGACCGGCUGGGCUCCAUGGAGCGGGCGGAGGACGGGCGCCGGGGCCACAAGACAGAGGAGGGCUGCCUGCCGUACAGCAAGCCGUCCUUCCCGUCCCCCGGGGGCCACAGCUCGUCCGGCACGGCGUCCUCCAAGGGCUCGACGGGGCCGCGCAAGGCCGAGGGCCCCCGGCAGCCGCAGCAGUGGACCGCCACCGAGCACGCCGAGUUCCUGCAGACCAACGGCCAGGGCCAGUUCUCCGGGGAGUUAUAGUGACGAGCCCCGGGCUGUAAACUGGAGGCAGAGCCGCUCUGUCCUCUGGAAGAUGGACGUCCUCCUUCUCGGGUCAAUGAACUCUGUCCUCACCUGCGAGUCCUCGGAGGAGAGGAGCGUCUCCGCCGCCG